CCGGAAGUUCAGCAGAACUGUUUUUGUUGUCAGAGGGACUGUUGUGAAAAUGGCGACGUCGCGUCGCUCAUCCCAGCAACAGCCGCAGCAACAACACCAGAGCCUGUCUUCUCCUCCGCGCAACACCUCUCUCUCCCUGACUCCCCCGGGUUCUCCUUCGGCGCCAGUAGGCGCAGCAAUUUCGGCUCCAGCUGGCGCUGAGCAGGAUAGCAGUGGAGACCCGGAGGUAACUCCGGCCUCCCCCGAUAUCCCCGCUCCGGGCCUCAGUGCUAGUAGCAGCACCAGCUCAGCCUCAACCGACGGGGGCAGCAACAGCGGGACGAGCCCCGACUCAGGCGCCAUAAUAAGCCCGUUGGGCGGCGGCUGUGGGACUAGCGGGGCUUUUAGGGAGCUGUUUGAGGCCUGUCGCAAUGGAGACGUGUCCCGGGUGAAGAGGCUGGUUGAUACGGUGAAUGUGAACGCCAAGGACAUGGCUGGACGCAAAUCGACGCCGCUGCACUUCGCUGCAGGGUUUGGCAGGAAGGAUGUGGUAGAGCACCUCCUGCAGACGGGCGCCAACGUGCACGCCCGGGACGACGGCGGGCUCAUCCCGCUGCACAACGCGUGCUCCUUCGGCCACGCCGAGGUGGUCAGCCUGCUCCUGUGCCAGGGCGCCGAUCCCAACGCCCGCGACAACUGGAACUACACCCCGCUGCACGAGGCGGCCAUCAAGGGGAAGAUCGACGUGUGCAUCGUGCUGCUCCAGCACGGGGCCGACCCCAGCAUCCGCAACACCGACGGGAAGUCCGCGCUGGACCUGGCCGACCCCUCCGCCAAGGCUGUGCUCACCGGUGAAUACAAGAAGGACGAACUCCUGGAAGCAGCGAGGAGUGGGAAUGAAGAGAAGCUCAUGGCCCUGCUUACCCCGUUAAAUGUCAACUGCCAUGCCAGCGACGGCCGCAAGUCGACAUCUCAAAAAAUGCUGUCCACGCCCCUGCACCUGGCCGCAGGUUACAACCGGGUCCGAAUCGUCCAGCUCCUGCUGCAGCAUGGCGCCGACGUCCACGCCAAGGACAAAGGCGGCCUCGUCCCUCUGCACAACGCCUGCUCCUACGGACACUACGAGGUCACCGAGCUGCUCCUCAAGCACGGGGCCUGUGUAAACGCCAUGGACCUGUGGCAGUUCACCCCGCUCCACGAGGCCGCCUCCAAGAACCGCGUGGAGGUGUGCUCCCUGCUGCUGAGUCACGGCGCCGACCCCACCCUCGCCAACUGCCACAGCAAGAGCGCCAUCGACAUGGCGCCUGCCCCCGAGCUCAAGGAGCGGCUCACCUAUGAGUUCAAGGGCCAAUCCCUCCUGCAGGCUGCCCGUGAGGCAGACAUGGCCAAGGUGAAGAAGACCCUCGCCCUGGAGAUCAUCAACUUCAAGCACCCGCAGUCCCACGAGACGGCGCUGCACUGCGCAGUGGCCUCCCCGCACCCCAAACGCAAGCAGGUGACCGAGCUGCUGCUGCGCAAAGGAGCCAACGUCAACGAGAAGAACAAAGAUUUUAUGACCGCUCUUCAUGUUGCUGCAGAGAGGGCUCACAAUGACAUUGUGGAGGUUCUGCAGAAACACGGAGCCAAGGUGAACGCCCUGGACACGCUGGGGCAGACUGCCCUGCACAGGGCCGCUCUGGCGGGGCACCUCCAGACCUGCAGGCUGCUGCUGAGCUACGGGGCCGACCCCGCCAUCGUCUCCCUGCAGGGCUUCACCGCCGCGCAGAUGGGCAACGAGGCCGUGCAGCAGAUCCUCAACGAAAACAUUCCGGUGCGGAACACUGAUGUUGAUUACCGGCUUCUGGAAGCGGCCAAAGCUGGCGACCUGGACACUGUGAAGCAACUGUGCUCUCCUCAGAAUGUGAACUGCCGGGACCUGGAGGGCCGCCACUCCACCCCGCUGCACUUCGCCGCCGGAUACAACCGCGUGGCCGUGGUGGAGUACCUGCUGCACCACGGCGCCGACGUCCACGCCAAAGACAAGGGGGGUCUGGUCCCGCUGCACAACGCCUGCUCCUACGGGCACUAUGAGGUGGCGGAGCUGCUGGUCCGGCACGGGGCCUCGGUCAACGUGGCCGACCUGUGGAAGUUCACCCCUCUGCACGAGGCGGCCGCCAAGGGCAAAUACGAGAUCUGCAAACUGCUGCUCAAGCACGGCGCCGAUCCCACAAAGAAGAACCGUGACGGGAACACGCCGCUGGACAUGGUGAAGGAGGGCGACACGGACAUCCAGGACCUGCUGCGGGGCGACGCCGCCCUGCUGGACGCGGCCAAGAAGGGCUGCCUGGCGCGCGUGCAGAAACUCUGCAGCCCCGAGAACAUCAACUGCAGGGACACGCAGGGGCGCAACUCCACCCCCCUGCACCUGGCAGCCGGCUACAACAACCUGGAGGUGGCGGAGUACCUCCUGGAGCACGGCGCGGACGUGAACGCGCAGGACAAGGGGGGGCUGAUCCCGCUGCACAACGCCGCCUCGUACGGGCACGUGGACAUCGCGGCCCUCCUGAUAAAGUACAACACCUGCGUGAACGCCACGGACAAGUGGGCCUUCACCCCGCUGCACGAGGCGGCGCAGAAGGGCCGGACGCAGCUGUGCGCCCUGCUGCUCGCCCACGGGGCCGACCCCACCAUGAAGAACCAGGAGGGACAGACCCCGCUGGACCUGGCCACGGCUGAUGACAUCAGAGCCCUGCUGAUUGACGCCAUGCCCCCAGAUGCGCUGCCCAGCUGCUUCAAACCGCAGGCCACGGUGGUCAGCGCUUCGGUCAUCUCCCCCGCCUCCACGCCCUCCUGCCUGUCCGCUGCCAGCAGCAUCGACAACCUGGCCGGGCCCCUGGCCGAGCUGGCCGUGUCCGGGGCCUCGGGGCCCGCCGACGGGGCCUCCGGCUCCGACAGGAAGGAGGGAGAGAUCGCCAUUCUGGACAUGAACAUCAGCCAGUUUCUGAAGAGCCUGGGCCUGGAGCACCUGAGGGACAUCUUCGAGAGGGAGCAGAUAACGCUGGACGUGCUGGCUGACAUGGGUCACGAGGAGCUGAAGGAGAUCGGGAUCAACGCCUACGGCCACCGCCACAAGCUGAUCAAGGGCAUCGAGAGGCUGCUGGGGGGGCAGCAGGGUUCCAACCCUUACCUGACGUUUCACUGUGCCAGCCAGGGAACAGUGCUCAUCGAUCUGGCCCCGGACGACAAGGAGUUCCAGUCGGUGGAGGAGGAGCUGCAGAGCACUAUCCGGGAGCACAGAGAUGGGGGCAAUGCAGGGGGCGUGUUCAGCAGGUACAACAUCCUGAAGAUCCAGAAGGUGGUGAACAAGAAGCUGAGGGAGAGGUACGCUCACAGGCAGAAGGAGAUCGCAGACGAGAACCACAACCACCACAACGAGCGCAUGCUCUUCCACGGGUCUCCCUUCAUUAACGCCAUAAUCCACAAGGGCUUCGACGAGCGCCACGCCUACAUCGGGGGCAUGUUCGGGGCCGGGAUCUACUUCGCCGAGAACUCCUCCAAAAGCAACCAGUACGUGUACGGCAUCGGGGGCGGGACCGGCUGCCCCACCCACAAGGACCGGUCCUGUUACAUCUGCCACAGGCAGAUGCUGUUCUGUCGGGUGACCCUGGGGAAGUCCUUCCUGCAGUUCAGUGCCAUGAAGAUGGCCCACGCCCCCCCGGGGCACCACUCUGUCAUCGGGAGACCCAGUGUCAACGGCCUGGCCUACGCAGAGUACGUCAUCUACAGAGGGGAACAGGCCUACCCUGAGUACCUGAUAACGUACCAGAUCCUGAAGCCCGAGAGCAGCCCCCAGGCCGGCGCCGGCGCCGAGCAGAAGUCCUAGUGCCGCCCGCCGCCGGGUCGGCCCGGACCAGACCGGACCAGCAGAACCGCAGAGACUGUUACUGAACACUUCUCACAUUCAGGGCCCAGCCCGCCCCUCCUGUCACUCUGUCUCUCUUACUUUUAUCUUUUUUUUGUUUGUUUUUAACAUGAAGGGUUCCCCUGUGCCCAGCAGCCUAGCUUCCCCUCCCUCUCUCCCUCCCUCCCUCUCUCCCUCUCUCCCUCUCCUCUGUCAGAGCGUUCACUCAGAGUUGCCUUCUGAUGUGAUCAGCUCUCACUCUCACCUGUUCUAAUUUCUCUUUUUCUAUCUCACUCUGAUGCCCCGGCAUCCCAAAGUUUGGAUAAAGAGCGUGUCUCCUGAACAACUGCCCCACCUAUAAUGUUCUUUGGAAGGUAUGAGUUGCUAGGCGAUCAAAGGAGCGCACUCCCUUCUAGCACAGAGAUAACGGUGCAUCUUUGGAAUACUGUGAUGAUUGCCAGUGACCUCUGACCCCUGAAUUCUUCACUUCCCCCCCUUCUCCCCCGAAACUGUGGACUUCAUGACAGAGGCUCUGCCACUCAGUGAUAAUUAAACAGGGACAAGACAGGCAAGACAUCAACUUGUAUAAAAUGGAGAGGAGCUCCACCAAUCGCACAGUGUGCUGGUAACAAUCAGUACAACAAUGCAGAUGGUGGUUGGUGUGUACUUCCUAUGAGUAUUAGGAGGAAGUGGCAUCUACCCAUCGCCAUCAGAGUUAAUAGCUGGAGCUCACCUGUCUUUGCUUCUAGGAAGGAGACUGUCCCUCUUAUCCAUAUGUUACUACCCCUCCUGGUACCCCAGCUCUCUGUUUGACCUGGCCCCACAUGUGUCUGUUAGUCAGAGCCCAUACAGAGCAUUACACCUGCUUUGACCCUCAUGGCUUUGGUUUCUUCUGUUUUAUUGUGAUGGACAUGAGUUUUAUUCCAGACUUUAUUUUUAGGGAACUCUAUGUGCUGUAAAACGGACCAUGGCACAGUUUGAACUGUCGGGACCUUAACUCACACUUAACAUUUCAUCGCUUAAAUCAGUUUCUUUUAAGUUUUUUUUAUAUAUUAAGUGUCCUCCCUUUCCUUGAGAGAAAGACCAGGUGUUGCCAGUUACUUUCCCUCCAUUUUGAGUUUUUAUGAGAGGAUCUGGAAAGGUUUUGGAGAGACUGCAAGCCGGAAGGAAGGAACGUUCCACGGAAGAACGCGAGGGAGAAGCGGAGACGUUGGAGUGCCAUAGUCUGCGUCGCUGUCAUCUUACCGACCUAACACUCAUGUUUUAAAGGAUUUGCACUUUUAAACAGGAAAGAUUUAAGUUAUUUGAAAUUAACUGAAAAUGACAUUAUUGAAAAAAAAAUUCUGUCCAUUAAUGUACAGCUUGUGUAAAAGACUGCCUUUGUAAAGCUUUUGAUGUUGUUUACUGAUGAAGGUUUGACUUUAUUAGUACUGUAUAUGAAGUGGGGUUUUUCCUCCUUGGGUCUUUUUUUCCCCCAUUUACAAAGAAGGAAUAGCUUGGUUGUCUGGGUUGAGUAGUCGUCUUUUUUUUUGGUUCUCUCUGGUUUUGUAUAAAUAUUAAAUGUAGGAAAGAAAUGUCUGUCUGUCUGUCACAGUCAGGAUCCAUAUUCGUUCCAGUGCAAUUUGUUUUCUUAUUUUGUUGUAUUUCUAACCUCGUAUACAGCAUUAGCAGGUUUGGGGCUUGAUUCUAACCUCUGUUACAGCAUUAACAGGUUUGGACCUUAAGAUUAAAAUACUGUUGAUAUGUCCAUGGCUCCUCCCCUAACUCCUCCCCCCUGACAGAGAUACCUUCAGGUAGCCGUAGCCGUGGAAACAGGCAUUUGUGCCCGGGCGGCGUGGAGUUCAACCUUGAGGUCAGGGUGACAAAGCUUUGGAACUUGACUCACAGGAAGUGACCUUAUAAAGCUGGGAGUAAUGGAAUUAGGUGAGCGCGGGACACAGUGCGGCUGGCGACAUCACCGAUCGCCUUUUCGAGAUUGGCUGAUACUGGUGCGCUCCCGUCUCCUCUGGCGAGCCGCCCAGGCCUCGUAAGCUCCUACUUAGAGUGAUUGGCCGGAUACCUGCUCCCCCCCCCCCCCCCACCACCACCACCAGCGCUCACUCUGACAAAUGUUCAUUUCUUUCUGUUUCUUUUUUUUUUUUCUCCUCGCUGAUUCUUUUUCUCCGAGGAUGAAACUAAAUCUCCCUUCGACUUGUUUAUCAGAACUGAUCUGUACUUACACUCCUCAGCGCUGUAAACCAGUCUUAAUAAAGUACACAACACUUCA